AUGGAACCAAAGAAAGGACUUCCAACCCAAGCUGAGAAAAACCGGGAACGGCUCAAAAACGCAAGAGACUAUCAAAUAAUGGGAAAAGCCCAACAGAUCGACGCAAUGGCCCCAGAAGAGAUUUUGAAUGAAUUGAAAAACAAAAAAUUGCCGGUGUUCGGAACUAACAAAGAAAGGGUUGAGAGGCUAAAAAAAGCCCUUGGGAUUCCUAUACAAGACAGUGGGUCCAAAAAUUCCAAUAAUGUCUUGAAUAAUAUUGAACAAAUUCAGAAAAAAAGAGAAGAAAGAAGAAGGAAGAUGGAAGAAGAAAAACUGAAUAAAGAAGAAAGAAAAGCAGAAAACGAAGCCUUGGGGAAGCUAAUUGAUGUGGAUUUUCAAAGGAUGGUUGACCAAUUUAGGCUGCAAGUCCCACCCCAGCAGCCACAUGUGCCUUCUUCUGAGUUGAAAAUCUGUGUAUGUGUGAGGAAAAGGCCGAUUUUUCAGAAGGAAGAAAAAAAUGGAGAAAUUGACGCUUUGAGCUGUGCGAAUCCUGUUAUCAUGAUCCAUGAGCCGAAGCUGAGAGUUGAUGGAAUUACUAAAUAUUUAGAAAACCAUACUUUUCAAUUUGAUAAUACUUAUGGAGAAACCGAAGACACCAAAACAGUCUACGACUCCUCCAUAAGACCUCUCUGCCCUUUUAUCUUGCAAGGCGGCACUGUAACCUGCUUCGCAUAUGGCCAAACUGGCUCAGGCAAAACCUACACAAUGCGAGGACUCCAAGAAAUGGUAAUUUGUGACCUUGAUAAACUAGGUAGAGGACAGAUUUCCUUUAACAUAAGUUUUUUCGAAAUUUACGGUGGCAAAUGUUUUGAUCUUCUAAAUGACAGGUCUAAACUUACAAUUCUGGAAGAUGGUAAUGGAAAUAUCCAAGUACAAGGCUUAGUUGAGCACCCAGUUCCUAAUAAAGAUGAAGUAUUGCAGCUAAUAGAGUAUGGAAACUCAGUAAGGACGACACACGCCACGACUUCUAAUGAAGAUUCAUCAAGAUCUCACGCUAUUUGUCAAAUUUUACUGAAAAAUGGACAAAGAGAACUAGGUAGAUUAAGAUUGGUCGAUUUAGCAGGAAGUGAAAGAGCGCAGGACUGCAUCAGCAAUAAUAGGCAGAGGAGAAUAGAAGGAGCAGAAAUAAAUAAAAGCCUUUUAGCAUUGAAAGAGUGUAUAAGAGCACUGAGAGGAGGACCUGGAGCACAUGUACCUUAUAGAGGCUCAAAGCUGACUCUGGUGCUUAGAGAUUCUUUUGAAGGAGGCUCUGAUGAAAAAAAAGUUAUUAUGAUCACUUGUGUGUGUCCUGGACAUUCAAGCUCUGAUCAUACUAUCAACUCACUUAGAUAUGCAGAUAGGCUAAAAGAACAAGUAGUAGCAAGCCAAGUGAAUCAGUUUCAGCCUAAACCUGAGCCAGCAAAGCCACAGCCUAAAAAGAACCCUCAGCCAGCUUCACAAGUCCAGCCAACUCCACCUAAAAUUAGGCUAAAAAAUCUAAUAUUAUUUUUUGCUUUUGUUUUUAAAAAUUUAAAAAUAAAAAUUAAUUUACCUAAAAAAAGAGACGAAAAACCUGAAGUAGCCGACAAAUUCAGGAAAAGCUUCAGAGACAUGGAAUACAUACAAAAGCAAGAAGAAGACAAAAUGAGCUUAGAAAUGCUUAACCUCCACGAAAAAGUGGAAACUAUUUUAGAAGAAGAAGAGGAGCUCUUAGAAACCCACGUCCACGCCAUAAAAGAAGACGCACAAAUUUUAACUGAAGAAGGAGAAUUAAUUUCAAUGGCCCAAGGGGAUGCUGAUUAUGAUAUUGACACAUAUGUCCAACGAAUGGAAAUUCUGGUGAAGCAUAAAUUGACAGUAUAUCAGAACUUGUAUCAAAAAUUGGCUGCAUUUAAGGCACAUUUAAAUGAAGAGGAAGAGUUUUCAAACCAUAUGACGCAAAACCUUAAGAAAAAGUUUUAA